UUUCACAACCAGACAGGAUCGAAGAAUGUGGUGAUGGAUGAAGGAGCUUCCAAACAGAAUGUGUAGCUUUCAAUGAAGAGGGUGAUGUGCCGAUUUCCUCGAAUGAGAGCUUCCGAAGCCUCUUCAGAAGUGUAGCUGUUGUCCGAUUUCUUUUGAUGUUUGAUGUUUUGUUGUUCUUCGAUUACCAGCGACAGUAGCGUUUUCACGAGUCGUUUUUUCGGUUCCUGGAUAAUUCCUCUUUGCGUUGUGGGUCGCGGAGGAAUGUUCGGAGCGCGGAUUCUCGGAGCUCUGGGUUAGAAAUCUUUGCUUGAUCUCCGAACUCAGCUUUUUCGUUAAUCUUGUGUGCGGACCUGACCCCAGCUGGUGUUUCGUUUUCUUGUCCUCCUCCUAGUGCUGGGAAUUUUUUUCUGAAGUCUACCGCGGAGACUCAAUAUGCAUUCCGUGGUGAGCGCAUGGACCGAGCCGGAGAAUUGAAUGUGCAGAGCACGCAAUAGCCCGUUUCAGAGGCUGUGGUGAACGGGUUGGAUCGUCGGGGACGGUUGAGUCCGUGGGGUUAGUUGGGUAGAAGGCGAGGGGAGAGCAAAGGAAGAGAGGUUGUUGCGUGGUGGAAGAACUGCAUUGGAAGAAUCUGCAGCCAUGGGGUGGGAGGCUCAGGCAGCUGCGGGGGUGGGGUUCCUAAUCGUGGGUAUGCUCCAAGGCUUCAAGCAGGUGAAGUCCUAUAGGUUGAGGAACAUGCGCUCAUACUCGAUGCAGCAUGGGGGAUCACGGCGUAAGAGCUGGUAUCAUGAUCUGGAGCUUUACCUGGUACUCAUAUUUGCGCUGUCCCACGUGAUAUGUGAUGUGGUCGUGGGUAGCAGCGAAGGGGACUUGAAGCAUCCCGUGGCCGUAUCCGUGAAUUCGCAGAGAUUAGUUGUGGCAAUCAACUUUCUAUUUUAUGCUAUUGUAACCCUAAUUGUGGAUAAUACCAAUGUGUUGCCGAUUCCACCGGAGCUCAUCAGUCUGAUUGCUCUCUCUGCAUUUGGCCAAGAGUUUUUACUUUUCUACUUGCAACGGGAUAGUGCGGGCUUGGAAGGCCAGUAUCACUACCUUUUACUGGUCCCCAUUGGCGUCUGUGCUGGCUCUACGGUCGCUGAAAUUGCGUAUCCCAAGUCGGUGUUGCCUCCCUUGAUCCGAAGCAUGGGACUUGUGCUGCAAGGGACGUGGUUCAUUCAGACUGCACUGUCCUUGUUUAGCCCUAAGUGGAUAGCGCAGGGAUGCACGCUGAGGGAGGAAGGAGAAGGGGAUUACACAGUUGCUUGUGAAGGUAUGACCCUUAUGAGAGGACAAGCCAUUGCAACUCUUCAGUUUAAUUGUCACCUGGCUUUUCUUCUCAUCUCUCUGCUGCCUCUAUACUCGAUCAUGUGUAAACUUUACACCUUGCCUCAGCACUACCAACCACUCGGUGACUCUGAAGGCAGUGAAUCCAAGGAGCUAAUGCAGCUGAAAGACUCCUCUAGGAUCUCUCCACAUUACAUGCACGCUGACCAAUUUCAUGUUAUCCAAGAAGACGAGGAAUUAGAAGAGCCAACGCCUAGACGGUCCUCAGACUCUAAUGGCUUUCAUACUAUGGUUAUAUGAUUGGAGAGAUAUAUAAAGGAAGAUAACAUGAAUGCAUCAAUUGUAAUUGUGGUUACAUAGAAGCUGCAAGUAGUGUUGCUUGGGGAAUUGUUCUGCAGAUAGAGGAUCUCGAUGCCAAAUUGAUAGAUGUGCAUAUGAUACCACUAUGUGGUUUGUAUUAGAAUUGAGUACUAUCAAGUUGACUGUUGUUUAGGUAAUGGUUUUUUCUCUUGCUUGGGUGCUUAAGCGAAUUGAGACCUAUGUGGUGAACUCCCAAUGGGGGAUUUCAAUUGGAUUUGUCAGUGGCUACUUGUGACGUUUUUGUGCGUAUGUCUAUUUCAUAAAUGAAACACUCCCACGUUGUCGAA